GCCAGCAGCACCGCGGCUCAGGCCGUGCGGUGCGGUGCGAAGCCGACGCUGCGUUCCCCGGGCGGCCCCGCCGCCGCCGAGCGGCCCCCGCGGCCCUAGUGCCCGCCCGCCGGAACCCGCCGCCGCCCAGCCCAGGUUUUAGAUCUGCACAACAACCAAGAUCGAGAACCAUGGCAUCCAUCCCAUCGAGCGGCUCGCUCAUGGCGACGCACAACUACUACAGAAGGCGCCUGAGCUCCACAUCCAGCAACAGCUCCUGCGGCAGCUCGGAGUACUCUGGGGAGGUCAUCCCCCACCCCCCGGGUCUGCCCAAGUCUGACCCCGGCCACUGGUGGGCCAGCUUCUUCUUUGGGAAGACGACUCACCCGGCCAUGAUGACCGUUUCGGAGUCCCCAGAGAGCUUGGGAGCGCUGCAGAUGACGACAGGACCGAUGGCGUGUGGCUUAGUGCCAGCCCCGGGAGUGGGACGGAGACGCCACGCCAGUGAGCCCAGCUCCGGGCCCUCGGCAUGAGCGGGUCGGCGGCUGCUCCCCAAACCGGCGGGCACAGCCCCUUUCCCCCUGUAGAGUAGGCAGGCUGCUCCAAGGCAACAGUGCUGCUUUGUAAUAAAAAAAUCACAGCAAACCCCCAACGAUUCCUGCACCAGCCUUUUUACUCUUUUUCAAUGAAACUGUACCCUUUCCAUGCAGAUUUGGUAACACGUUUUAUUUACCUUGUACUGAUACAAUGGCAACUAAUAAACUUGAGCAGCCUUUUAAAA